AUGACAACUGCUAGAAGGACAUCACCGCAGCCCAUGGAAACCGAUAACAGGGCCACAGACUCUUCUCCGGAUGACACAGCCUCCAGAAAACACUCCCCGCUCCCAGGAAAGAUCGCAGAGGUGAAAAGUCACCCAGAAAGAAAGCGAAGAGCGAGCAGUGAAAGUGGCGAUAGUGCCAUGACGAAAACUAGUGAGGGCAAAGAUGAUGACGAUGAGGAUGAGAAUGACGAGGAUGAGAAGAUCCUUGUCGGUCAGAACAUCGACCCGGAAAGGCUGAAGGCUUUCAACAUGUUUGUUCGUUUGUUUGUGGAUGAAAAUCUGGACCGAAUGGUGCCAAUCUCAAAACAGCCCAAGGACAAGAUUCAAGCCAUUUUAGAGGCUUGUGACAGACAGUUCCCAGAAUUCCACGAGCGGUCCAGAAAACGGAUACGAACCUACCUGAAAUCGUGUAGACGCAUGCGGAGAUCAAAGGAACACAACGGCUGGGAGCCUCUAAGGCCAACACCUCCCCACUUGACCUCUGCAGCUGCAGAAAGCCUGUUGGCCACUGCUUGUGAGAAUGAAAGUCAGAAUGCCAAACGGAUGCGCCUUGGUCUCGAACCACUGCCG